UCGUGUUUUACGCAUUCGCACUUGCUCUGUGACAGUAGUAGGUAUCGCAUUAUUGUUAUCCCUCUCCCGUGUGUGUGUGUAUGUGUACGUGUGUUGUACUGUUGUGCAUUGCUUGUUCUCCGACCACCGUUUAGGGCCGCAACGAUUUCGCGUUUUGUCCACAACGGUUCAGAGGAACGUUUUUUUAUUCGUUCAAAUCGACCGGUUCCCGAGACCGGAAAAGCGCCUGUCCACUCGUCGACCGACGAGGCGUGUGUACUUGUCGUUGAGCUUUUCGAUCCAUCGGCUUUGCCGCUCUCGCAAUCAUAAUUCCGUCGUCGUACCCUAGGACAACGGUGUUUCGACUUUCGAACGUGUGAGACUUUAUACACCCGCCAUCCCCCCCUGACAGCCGUCGUCCCGUACGUGGAUCGCCGGCUUUCGUGUUUUGCACUUCAGGCAUAUAGUAAAAUAAUCGCCACGACGGACCCCGACGCCGACACCGACACCGGCAUGGAGAAGAGAAUCGAACUGGAGAAACGCGGCCGGAACGCCGAAGAGAUAGAUCAAUUGAUUUUGGAUGAUUGUCGUAGCACUGCAAUUGUUGGCCUUACAGAUGAAUAUGUUGGUUUACGCAGUCUUAGUAUAAUCAAUGUUGGUUUAACAAGCUUAAAAGGUUUUCCAGCAUUGCCUUCGCUUGUUUUUUUGGAUGUCAGUGAAAAUCGAAUUUCCAAUAGUCUUCAAAACCUCAGUCGUUGUACUAAUCUCAAAUCGUUGAAUCUCAGCCAAAAUAAAUUGAAAGAUAUUGAAUCAAUUGAUCCAUUGAAAUCUUUAAAACGUCUUAAAUAUUUGGAUUUAUCUAACAAUGAAGUAACUAAAGAAGAAGGGUACAAAGAAUAUGUAAUAGAAUAUUUUGCCAAGUCUAUUAAAUGUUUAGAUGGAGAUACUUAUUUCAAUGGAAAACAUGAUAUGGCCGGUGACAGUGAUGAAGAAGAUUCAGAAUCUGAAGCUGAAGAAGAAGGUGAAGGUGACGAUGACGACGACGAUGAUGAUGAUGAUGAUGACGAUGAUGAUGAAGAUGAUGAUGUUGUUGACCGUGAUGAAGUUGAAAAGGAAAAUUUGUAUACUGACGAUCAAUCGUCUGAUCAAUCUUCUGAUCAAUCAUAUGAAAAUGGUGAAGCAGGUUUGGAAGCUUUGUUAAAAGAUGAUAUUGAUGAAGAAAGCGAAGGAAAUGAUUAUGUAUUAGAUGAAGAAGAUGGUGUAGAUCAAGAUUCUACUGAUGAAAGUGAUGAUGAUGCAGGUGAAGCCGAUGCUAAAGCUGCUAAUGAUUCACAAGAUACUAGAGGGAAAAAGAGAAAACUUGAUGAUUAACCUAUUGAACGUUUUUAAUUAUUGUUACUUGAAGUGGAACAAAUUGUAUGUAUAUGUCCCCACAUUUAUUUUUAAGUACCAACUUAAAACCAUUUUAUUAUUUUAUUUGUAAAUUGAUUGUUUUAAUAGACAUAUUUUCAUGUUGUACCACGCAAAACAUUUAACUUUUUUUGAAUUUAAUAAUGUUAUUAUACCUUUCAAUUUUUUCUCAACACAGCUAUGACUUUGGAUUUGCCCAGUAAAACUUUAUUCAUUUACUUGGGUUGGCUUUUUUUUUUUAUUUCAAAAUUGUUUUAAAGACAUAUUUUUUUAAGUCUAUUUUUGAACAUCUAUGGAAUGUUUAUACAACUUGAUGAUCCCGUUGUAAUUCAUAUUGUAUCUGAAGACCAAAUAAUAAGUUAUUUGUGUGUUUAUAAAUAUAUAUAUAUUUUUAUUUGUCACAGUUAAGUUAUUAACUAUUAUUAUUAUUUUUAUUUUUUUUUUUUUUAACUUUAUGUGACUGAUUAUUUUUGUUGUCAGUAUGAAUUUAAAAAUUAAAAUUCUCAAAGUAAUAAAAUAAUAUAGGUAGUGUUGUACAGGGUAUAAGAAUUAUUGAGUAUUUAAAAGUUAAUAGUUACUGGUUGGUGGAAUAAUUAUAUAAUACAUUUAUUAAAUAUUUCAACUGUUGAUAACUACCCUUUAUUUUUAAUUUUUUGAAAACUAUCACUUGUAUUAAUAUGUGAGUAUAAGUUAUGUUUAAAAUAAUUUUUACUGCAAAUAGUAUUUAAGAAUGGUAAACAUAUAUAGUUAAAUUAAAAAUGUAUGUUAUAGAUUUUUUAUAACUGUUUUAAUAUAUUAUAUAUUAUAUCAAUGACAAUUGUUUUUAUUCAAAAUUAUAAUACGUUACUCAUUCAUUUAUAGUUGUAAUAUGUGUCAUAUUUUUGUUUUUCAUUUUUCAUUAAUUCCUCAAUAGUGUAUUUUAAUUGUAAGACUGUUGCAUCAUAAAUAAUUGUUCAUAAUUUUUGGUAAUAAUAAUUGUUUAUUUUAUUUAUUGUUACUGAUAUUUAUACCUCAAUAUUUGCAUUCCAAUAACUUGGCUUUUGUACAUUAGUUAAUUUUCAAUAGUUACAUAUACAUUUUUAACAAUGUUAUCAAGAAUUAAUAAUUUUAAAACACAAUUUAAAUAGUGCAUAGUAUUCCACCACCCCAGUUUGUACAUUUGUAUGCUCUAUAUUUCUUACGCCCUAUGUAUGAAUUAUUUACAUAUUAUAUUGUGUAUUAAAAUCAAACAAAUUAUAAUAUUAAAGGAAGAAGUAAAUCUUUGGAUGUUCUCGAGUGUAAAUAAAUAUUUUUAUAAUAUA